UAUCAUAUGGCCUACAUGGGGGCUAGGGGAACCUUAUGCUCUCAAUUGGCAACCUGCGCGGUGCCUCCUCCUGGCAUUCUCUCUCUCUCUCUCUCUCUCUCUCUCUCUCUCUCUCUCUCUCUCUCUCUCUCUCUCUCUCUCUCUCUCCUGGGCAUCUCCAGACGACCACGCACAAACAAGGGGAGUCAAGACAGACUGGCUGGUCUACCUGCAUUAGCUGAGACUCUAAAACCAGUGAAACGUGGGGAUGUGCUGCUUACGUCACAGCCUUUCGUGUAUUUGGUCAGCGGCUCCCUCAAGUCUCUCUACUGUGACUUCUGUAUGGCCAAGAAAAGUGGCAAGGGCCUGCGGCGGUGCUCAGGAUGCCGUCUGGAGCACUACUGUGGGAGGGAGUGUCAGGCAGCAGCAUGGAAGAUUCAUCGUUUGGAGUGCCAGCGUCUCAAGAGAGUGGCGCCCAGGGUGCCUCCUGACACAGCACGCCUCAUGGCUAAGGUUAUCCUAAAACUACAGAAUGCAGAAGAGAAUGUGGCAGAGGAAAUAUCCCCAAACUAUUCACGUAAAUUCAAGGACUUGAUGAACCACUACUCUGACAUUAAGAAGGAUAGCAAGAGACAUGAUCAUUUUGAAUCUCUGGUGCAUGUGUUACAGUCCUAUUUGGUUGGAGUGUCCUUGCCCAAUGAGGCUGAGCUACAAGGAAUAUUUGGCAGGAUUUGUGUGAACAGCUUCAGCAUCACUGACCCAGACCAGAAUUCUAUUGGCACAGGGGUGUACCUGGCAGGCUCCAUAUUUGAUCAUUCAUGUGAACCUAAUGCUUAUGUGACAUUUGACGGCAAGAGGUUGAUCUGCCGUGCCCUAGUGGAUUUCCCGACCCUUGACUGGACUAAGCUUCGCAUCAGCUAUAUAGACAUCCUGAACUCAAGAGAGGAGCGUCAGGAUGACCUGCUGCGCCGCUAUUACUUCUUAUGUGACUGUGUAAGAUGCAGCCGCCCAGAAUGGCCAGAAGAACAAGUGGGACCUGUGCGAUGCAGUAAUCCAAACUGCUUAGAAACUAUUUUCAUCUCUGAGGCUUUAGAACAUCAGGAGCUUGAAGAGGAUUCUGAUAGUAAGAGUGUUUUUGUGAAAGAUGAUGUCAAAGGAAAAAUGGACAACACCUUUCAGAAUGCCUAUUUAAAUAAUACUGGGAAAGUUCCCUUUGCUGAAGACUGCAGCUGGAAUACUUAUGAAGAAAAGAAUUUUAAUACAAACCACAAGGAAUUACUGGAAGAAGGAAAGAGUAUGGCAAUUAUAUGUUUCAAGUGUGGAACAUCUAACCCGAUGACGCCUGAACGAAUCUCUAUGUACCGCAGUGUUGCCAGUUACUGCAAAGAGCAGCUGGAACUCUGUAAAGAUCACUACUACCUAGAUCUGUGUGAGAAAGGGCUAGAAAGGGCAACAGGUGUGCUGCAUGACAAGAACCUCCUCCUGGUGAAGCUCCGAGAUGGUGCAUUUGAAGCUUCUGUCUCUCUUGGGCAUUGGGAAAAGGCUUCAUGUUAUGGAAUAUCUAAUAUUGAAGGUCUGAGACAUUAUUAUGGGAAAAACCAUCCCAGCCUUGGUAUGGUUCUCCUCAAGUUGGGCAAAAUCCUUGUUUAUAUCAAUCGAUGCUCUGAGGCAGUUGGUCAUCUUUCCCAAGCAGAGAACAUUCUGAGGGCAAGCCAUGGCUCAUCACAUCCCCUCUACACACAGCAGUUGUUGCCACUUUUUGCCCAAGCAAGAGAAGAAAUGCAGGAAGAGGCUGGAGGAAGGAAGAUGAAGAGUAUCUGUAGUGGGCCGUGGUUUAGGACUAUGUGCGGAUGACUGCAACCAUCAACGCCCUCCCUGUCAAUGGUCCACCAUGUCUGCAUCUGCAACACCCAUAAAUAAAUACAUAUUACAUGA